CACUUUAACCGGGGGAAGAUGUCGCGGAACGGCCACUUUCCGUGGACGGUGGUCGUCCUCACCUGCCAACACAAAGACAGCGUGUAUGCUUUCCAGAGAGAGUUGGAGUUGCGGCAGAAACGCGGCACCUUAGCUGGGAAUGCGUUGCUUUUGACCGUGAGGGACCGCCAAGAGCCGCUGGGCAGCGGAGGCGCGACGCUGAACGCCCUGCUGGUCGCUGCUGAACAUCUGAGCAGCAGAGCUGGGUACACGGUGGUGACCGCCGACGUCCUGGAUGAUGCUCACAUCCUCAUCCUGCACACAGGUCGGGAUUUUCCCUGGAGCUCCUGCAGCCGAGCCUUCUGUUGGCUUCCCGAAGAGAAGCCCGGGCAGAAAGUCCAGGCGCCGGUUUGUGUACUGGAUGUGCUGCUGGACCGGCUCAGCUCCCAGAUCUGUCCGGGUUCUCCUCCUGGAGUCUGGGUCUGCAGCACCGACAUGAUCCUCUCCGUCCCGACAGACUUUGUUUUAUCCUGGGACGGGUUCUCUGGAGUUCGGGUUUUGGCGGUACCGGGUGACGUCUCGUACGCAGCCGAUCAUGGAGUCUACCUGAGCGACUCGCAGGGUCGGGUCCGCGACAUCGUCUACAGAGGAACCAGGGAGGAGAUCCAACGAGCCCUGAUGCCUGAUGGGAAAGUCCCGUUGGUGUCAGGCCCGGUCUUCUUCUGCAGGUCCGUCUCAGAGAAACUGCUGCAGACUCACGUCAGUCCUCCUCUGGACGGCUGCACCUACCUGGGCCUGGACUCUGGAGCUCCGCCCCUCCAGAUCUCCCUCUUCUUGGACUUGUUGAAGUGUCUCUGCUCAGAUCUGACCCAGGAUCAGUUUGUGAAUGAGGGGAGAGCAGGAUGCAGUUCCACAGACGGUCCCCAGGGGGCGACAGUGAGGGCGGGCAGGACGGAGCUGUGGAGGAUCCUGAGAGGGGCUCCACUCUCACUGGUGUACGUCCCCGGCGGUCGCUACGACUACCUGACUCUGUCCGGGAAGCAGCAUGUCGAACGUCUGACCUCUGAUUGGUCGGUUGGAAACACUCUGUCGCACAUUCAGAAUGAGAAACUGCUCAGUGAAGGAGCUCGGAUCAUCAACAGCGUUCUGGAUGGAGACGUUGCCGUGGCAACCCGAGCAGUGGUGCAACACUGCCACCUACAGGGUCCUCUGGACGUCCCGUCUGGUUGUUUGCUCUCAGGUGUAGACGUCUCGGCGUCAACGUGCCUCAGGCGGCUCGCGCUCAGCAGUGACAUCAUCAUCCAGGGACAUCGGAUUGAGCUGGGGGAGCUGAAGCUAAACGUGUACACGGUGACCGGCGCUCACGACGACCUGCAGGUUCCCUUUAAUGGCAGCGGCGCCUCCUUCCUCAACCAGACCUGGACUGCUUUCUUCAGCUCCUCAGGAAUACAGUCAGAUCCAAACCUUUCCACUGAUCAUUUUUUAUGUCUUUUUCUUUAUAAACAUCAGAUUAUCCCUGCAUGUUGUUUUCUCCUCCUCAGGCCGGAGGAGCUGUGGAUGAAAGGAGAACAGUGCUCCCUCCUGGAGGCUCGGCUUUUCCCGGUCCUCCACCCCAGAGGGGGCACUGUGGGCCUUGAGGGAGGAGUGGGCUGGCUGCUGGGGGGUCCAGGCUGCCUGCAGAGGUGGAGGGAGGCGUGGAGAGUCUCUCUGAGGGAGGUGCUGUCACUCACCCACCAGGAGGCGGAGCUCCAGUGGAGGGAGGAGCUGCUGUUCCUGGCGGGGAGGAGGAGAACCGCCGACGCCCUGCAGAGUCGCACCGACGUCUGUCUGCUGCCGUGCUUCAGGGCGGCAGUGCAGGGAGGGCAGCAGGGGGCGCUACUGGAGACUCUGGACAGCAUUGCUGCUGGAAGCGUGGAGUCGGGGGCGGAGCCAGGAGCACAGGUGGGCGUGGCUGCCCGCUGUCUCUCUUGCAUCGCCGACGUUCUGGUGUGCAUGGCGGAGGGUAAAGGGGGCCUGAGGAGCGGUCCAGCUGCUAACGAGGCCUGGAGCUCCGCCUACUUCCUGUUGGAGGAGGGAAACUUGAGGGGAGGAGUUUAUGCCCUUGCUGCACAGCGACAGCUCUGGCUGAGCAGGCCAGACCUGCUCGUACGGGCGGCUCGGCACUACGAGGGCGCCGGCCAGGUGCUGCUGCGGCAGGCUGUGAUGUCAUCCCAGAGGUUCAUCUCCAUUGGACAGGGGGAGUCCCCGCCUAUUGGGGAGUGGCAGGAAGUAGAGUGUCCAGCCAGACUGGACCUGGCAGGGGGCUGGAGCGACACGCCACCGAUCGCCUUCGAGCACGGCGGAUCGGUGACGAACGUCGCCGUGAAGGUCGACGGGAAACGUCCAAUCGGAGCCAGAGCCCGUCGCAUUGUGAAACCCCACCUCCUAUUGGUCAGCUGCAGUGGUAGGCGGGGCAGCGGGGCGUCCACAGAGAUAGUGUGUGAGAGCCUGGAUGACCUGAGGGACUACAACCAGCCUCACGCUCCAGGAGCUCUGCUGAAGGCAGUCUGUGUGUGCAGUGGUCUGGUGUCUCUGUCCUCCCAGCAUCCUCUGGGGCAGCAGCUGAUGCAGAGCUGGGGUGGUGGAGUGGAGCUGCACAGCUGGUCAGAGCUGCCCACCGGAUCCGGUCUGGGUACCAGCAGCAUCCUGGCGGGGUCGCUGUUGGCAGCGGUCUACAGGUGUACAGGCCGGACAUACGACACCGACUCCCUGAUCCAUGCGGUCCUGUACCUGGAGCAGAUUCUCACCACAGGUGGCGGCUGGCAGGACCAGGUGGGCGGUCUGGUGGGCGGAGUCAAGGUGGGUCGCUCCAGAGCGUCUCUGCCCCUCCAGGUGGAGGUGGAGCGUCUGAGUCCUCCGCAGGAGUUCCUGGUGUCUCUGGAGCAGCACCUCCUGCUGGUUUACACCGGAAAGACGCGUCUGGCUCGAAACCUGCUGCAGGAUGUGGUUCGCAGCUGGUACAGCCGUCUUCCGGCGAUGGUGGAGAACGCUCAGCAGCUGGUGUCCAACUCUGAGGAAUGCGCCAAGUCCUGUUCAGAAGGUUCUCUGUCCCGUUUGGGUCGGUGUUUGGACCAAUCCUGGCAGCAGAAGAAGCUGAUGGCUCCAGGAUGCGAGCCGGCCUCCGUCAGAACCAUGAUGGAGGCUCUGAGGCCGCUGGUUCUGGGUCAGAGCCUGGCAGGAGCCGGAGGCGGUGGCUUCCUGUACCUGCUGACCCGGGAGCCCCGACAGCAGGAGGCGGUUCUGAAGACCCUCAGGAACACGCCGGGUUUGGGAGAUUUCAGCGUUCACUCAGUGGAGCUGGACAUGGAGGGAAUCGCCAUCCGGCCGCCGGCCGUCACACAACCGGCAGAAAAAUGAAGAUUUUUCACUCGAUCUGGCGUCACUUAAAGUAAUGAGUCUUAUUUUUGAUUUUACUCCGACUCUGUACAGUCUGUCAUGGAUGGUAGUUUUGUUGGAGUUGAUACAAUCAUAUUGAUUGUUCUCACCUGUUGAAACUAACUGAACAUUAGCAUUUUAUUACAUAAAUAACAUUUUUUGGCAUAUUUUAAAGAUCUGUUUGCUCCAAAUGAUUGAAUAAGUACCAAUUUAACCAGUUUUCGCUUUUUAUACAUUUACUUUAGUACCUUUAAAAGGAAAGCAUAAAAUUUGGGUUGUUUUCUCAUAUUAUUCUGUUUUCUCAGGAUUUCUGCUCCUAAUAAAGGAAAAUUAAACAAUG